AGCCCCUCUAAUUCCGGAAGUAGGACGUAGUUACUGCAGUAUAUGACGUCACGCUAGACGGCGUAACACACUACAGAGAAACUAUAACGCAACAGUGGCAACAAGGGGAAAGGUCAAAGUUCAACGUGCUGCGACCUGAUCGGUCUUGUUCAAUGUCCUACUCGCAACCAGUUGUUUACAGACGUAUUACCUGGCACAGACAUAAUGGCGGACGACCAGACCACUGUAGAGACGACCGAGCAAUUCGCCCUGAGGCUGACCACAACGGUCUCGUCCGGGUUCGUGACAUUAGCGGUGGCCAUAGGCGUACGUACGGGUCUGUUCGUCAAGUUGGGUGAGCAAGAUGGGCCACGCACAUCCGUACAGAUAGCAGAAGCUGCAGGCAUGAAGGAAAGGUACGUUCGUGAGUGGUUGGCUGUCAUGGUGACGUCCCGGAUCGUGGAGUACGACAGGGAGAAGCGGACCUACUUCCUCCCGCCUCACCGGCGGGACGUUCUGAAGUCCACCCAGAUGCCGGAGUUCAUGCGGCUGCUGGCCGGCGUAGCCACGGAUGUGGCCGACUGCUUCAAGCUGGACGGACCUGAAGGUGUGCCAUAUUCAGCGUAUCCUGACUUUCAAGCUUGGCAGGCAGACAUAAGGAAGCAGGAGGUGGAAACUAAUCUGGUGUCCAAAUUUGUACCGAUGGUUCCCGGACUGAAGGAACGUUUGGAGUCGGGUAUCAGAGUCCAUGACGCUGGAUGCGGUAGGGGAAUCACCACCCUCAUCCUAGCGCAGCACUUUCCUAACAGCACGUUCGUCGGCACCGACCUCGAUCGUGACGCCGUCCAAUGGGCGGCCACGGAGAGUAACCGGCUCGGGUUGGUCAACACCACGUUCCAGGUGCAGGACGUGGCCAAGCUGCCCGCUGAUUGGUCAGAUUCGUUCGACUACGUGCUCGCGUGGGACGCGAUACACGACCAGGCCGAUCCGGAAGGCGUGCUUCGAGAGCUGUACCGCACGCUCAAGUCUAAUGGUCUGUUCUCGAUGAUCGACAUAAGAAGUCACACGGAGCUAGCGGACAACCUUGACAAUCCGGCGGCGCCGAUGCUGUACGGGGCCAGCUUGCUGCACUGCAUGCCCGUGUCGCUGUACUUCGGGGGGAGGGGCCUGGGCAACAUGUGGGGACAGGAGCUGGCGGUAUCCAUGCUGAAGGAGGCCAAAUUUACUAACAUCCGGUUCCUCGAUGUGCCCGACAGUCCUGCCAAUAUUCACUUCAUGUGUCAGAAGCUAUAAAGCUAACAUCUACUGUAAAUGCAGAAAUGUUCGCGGUGGUUUUAUGCUCGCGGUUUUGGUGGUGAGCUCUUCACCUGGAACUUAAAACCACCGAGAAUAUUUUUCCAUUAUAGUAUGAGACUGCAGUCUCUGGAAAUGCAGCUACCGCGAACUUAAAACCACCGCGGACACUUCAUUUUCCCGCUACCGGGAAAGUAAAUCCCCGCGAAUUUAAAUGCAUCUAUCUGCACUGUUUAGAACACAUGUCAUAGAGUUUAAAGUGUAACAAUUCUGCCAGGUAACAUAACACCACCACAUCAAAACAACGUUGAAUAUAUAUAUAGUGAUGUACUGCACCAUCAGUAAUCUCCAUGGUUUUCAGUCAGAUAUCAACUUAGUACUUCAUUAAGGCAUUCUUGAGAAUGCCCAUAGAUUUCCGAGGUCAAAAUCAAAGCAUACUGUACUUUUUGAUAGAGACCAACAUUUACGUGUGUGGUCGGUCAAAUAUAUGGGACACAAUUGCUGUUGUUUUGUCAUAUUCGAGUGUUUAAAAAAGUCAGUAUCUUCGAAUCAGCGCUAAUAUUCUUUGUGCAGUUCAAAAGGUACAUGACAGCAGUGUAAACGUAGCAUAGCAUUUUCCCGAUCAAUGUACAAAUAGGGUCCUCGAUUACAUCACUCAUAUUCAACGGUUUUAACCUUUAAGUAUAUAACUUCCAAAUGCCACAGGUAUGUGGUUCCUGUCAUUUACGUUGAUGGAAUUAUUGUAUUUCUCCUUUAGUAUGAAUAUUAGGCCUUCAUUUGGAAGAUUUAUAUCCAGUAAUGUUCUUCUCUUACUUACAGCACAUCGGGUGAAAAAAAAAAUUCCUCAAAGAUUAUACAAGCUAGAUUCUGGUUUGCAUUAUUGCCUUUUUAUUACACCAAGCGUCACUGGCAAAAUGUGGGAAUCUUUAUCAUUAAUAAUGCUCUAUGAUUUGCAGAGUUACUUUAGACGAUCAACGUUUGGUU